GUCUCAGAGAUCAUGAUAGAAACCUCUGGGCAUUAUUCAUAUUUAUUCACAGGGAUUUUAUCAGUUACAGUUUUGUUAUUCUUCUUCGAUGCAUUUCCCGUCACUCUCCCGUCACUCUCCUGGCACUCUGCUGGCACUCUCUUGUUACAUUCGCAUCACUCAAGGGAUGUACCGCAGAUGGCGCAACGCCCAUCUGCUAUAGCUGCCGAGAUAUCUGUGAAUUACUCACAGAAUUUCUAGUUAGCGCAAGUUGGUUCUCACGUGAGGCUCCUCGGACCUCAAUAUAUAAACUGAGGAAAUCAGCUUGAGAUUCUCUUCUCUCCUCAUUCUCUCCUCAUCAGGUUUCUUAUAUAUAUACAUCUCUCUCUUAAAAAAAAAAAAAAAAAAAAGAAAAAAAAGAUUUGCUGGAAUUGGAACCUUCCUUCAAACUAUUGGCCAUAUAUUAUGCUAGGCAAUGAAACACACCUCCGAAUCUCUUAGUCACUGAUGUGGUUACUGAUUUAGUGGCCCACUUCUAUCGUUAUGUUGACAGCCUCGUCCUGCUUUACGAUUUCCAAUCAUGUCGUCGACUCAGGUCCCCGUUACGAACGAAGGCGAAGAUGUUUUCCCCUGUUCCGUUUGUGUGUACUCCAUGUUUACGGAUCGCCUUGGAGAGAAAUUGCCUUGUGUGUGGAACGAAGAAAAGAAUUCCUGUGAACACUGCCUAGAGCGUACUACCCGUAAAUGUCGCGAUGUCCAUGAAUCCGCGAAUAGCCUCGUCCGCAAAUUGUUACGCCUUCGCGAGGUUUAUCUAGAUCUUGAUCCCACCGAUUCUCAACGAGCGACUCUCGCAAGAGAGAUGUGCGGUUUGGUGCGUGAUUAUCGCGGUCUGGACUCUGGCGCAUCAAAGCGUCAAAAGGGAUCUGCUAGGAAGACGGGCUCCUCACGUCGUCGUGCUUCGUCUCCCGUUGCGGGUCUUUCAAAAAAACGUCGUCGUCAUUCGACACCAUUAGCUGAUGACGUCGUCCAUGUUUCUUCUGAUGCCGAUGUUCAAGAACCUCUACGUCUCCUUACUCCUCUUCGUGCCGGAAUGUCUCAAAUCCAGGUUGAGGUCGGAAACGUGCAGGUAUCGAUUGAUCAGCUAGCCACGCGCCUAACCAGUGGUACAAAAGAACUUCGUGGGACAGCCGAAACUGGUUUCGCCAACGUUGCUUCUUCCAUUGAUGGUCUGACUGAUGCCGUUUCUUCUGGUUUUCGUAGUGUCGUGGAGGCGCUUCGUUCGUCUCAACGUUCUUCCGCAUGUUACGCAAAUAUUAGAAUUCAAGGCCGCUAUUACCACAUAUCAUCAACCUUAAAGAAAAGAAUAACAGACUGCUGGACAUUCGAGCUCACUACAUCCUCCAAUUUACAUCUUACGGGUCCUAAUUUAUGAAACCUUCACAUGCUACAAUUGACACCCGUUCUCUUCCAUCCAGCCCGGGAAGGAAGAUCUAAGAUGUUGUGCUCAAGCGCUUCCAGGCCAGAGUCUCGCUCGGGUCAACGACUGAGAUUAUAAUGCAACAGCAAACCCACAGCCUGAGCAAGACUUUAUCAUCUGGCAUAGUCAGGAUCAAUCCCGGCAAAGACGGGACUAUCAUGGAUCAAGUCAAAGAGAUUCGUCGCCCAAGGAACCAGGACCUUCCCCACGAUGCCUAAAAAGGUUGGACAGCCCGGGGAAGCUCUCAUUUUAAUGCAACUGGGAUUGACUCUGCGGCCCUGUUAUACAAUCUAUUGAUUGAAAUUUCUGCUCUUGAAUCUAUCCCAAUAUCACUGCUGGUACUGUGACACAGGAUUUUACCAUUCAAAUCGAGUUCUGUUUACGUCACUCCUAGCUACUUACCAUAUAUAUUUCGCAAGAAGGGUAACUAUCGAACCCAGUUCCUAUGGCGAAUAUAAUAACACAAAAACUUCGCUGAGAUUUUAGAUGUC